AUGGGAGGCGGACCAGACCAGUACCGCACCGUCGCCUACUUCGUCAACUGGGCCAUAUACGGCCGCAAGCACCGGCCGCAGGACCUGCCCCCCGAGAAUCUGACGCAUGUCCUCUACUCCUUCGCCAACGUGCGGCCCGACUCGGGCGAGGUGCACCUGACGGACACGUGGGCCGACACGGACAUCCACUGGGACGGCGACAGCUGGAACGACGUGGGCACGAACCUGUACGGGUGCAUGAAGCAGCUGAACCUGCUCAAGCGCCGCAACCGCAGCCUCAAGGUGCUGCUCUCGGUCGGCGGCUGGACCUACAGCUCCAACUUCAAGCAGCCGGCCUCGACGCCCCAGGGCCGCGCCACCUUCGCCGCGUCAUGUGUUGAUCUCAUCAAGAACCUCGGCUUCGACGGCAUCGACAUCGACUGGGAGUUUCCGCAGAAUCCCGGCGAGGCCGCCGACUUUGUUGCGCUGCUGCAGACCGUGCGGGACGCCAUGGAUGCCUAUAGCCGCACCCUGCCGACGCCGUACCAUUUCGAGCUGACCGUCGCCUGCCCAGCCGGCGCGAGCAACUACGACAAGCUCGACAUACCCGCCAUGGACCGACUGCUGGAUUUCUGGAACCUGAUGGCGUACGACUACGCGGGCAGCUGGGACCAGACCGCGGGCCACCAAGCCAACCUGUACCACUGCGCGCAGAACCCGCACUGCACGCCGUUCAACACGGCAGCCGCGCUAGACCACUACACGUCGCGCGGCGUAGCACCGCACAAGAUCGUGGUCGGCAUGCCGCUGUACGGCCGCGCGUUCCAGGCCACCGACGGCCCCGGAACACCCUACAGCGGCGUCGGCGAGGGCACGUGGGAGAACGGCGUGCACGACUACAAGAAGCUGCCCCUGCCGGGCGCCGAGGAGCGCAUCGACCGGGAGGCGGGGGCCAGCUACUGCUACUACCCGGGCUCGCGGACCAUGGUCAGCUACGAUACGGUGCCCAUGGCGCGCGUCAAGACCGAGUUCGUCAAGGACCGUCGGCUGGGCGGCGCCAUGUGGUGGGAGAGUAGUGGCGACAAGGAGGGGCCCGAGAGCCUGAUUGCGAACGUGGUCGAUGUGAUGGGAGGGCCGGCGGCGCUGGACAAGACGCCGAAUUGUAUCGAUUACCCGCAGUCCAAGUAUGAGAACCUACGGGCUGGGUUCCCUACGAAUUAG